GGCUUAGGCUCGCCCAUGGAGUCCGGCGGCGGCGCGCGCGUCCGCCGGCAGCUCCAGGCCGUGGGACGUGUCGCCGCGUACGUCGGCGGCGGCUUCCUCGUCCUUUCCGCAGCGUCCACGGCCGCCGUCCGCUCCCUCCGCUUCCUCUCUGAUGCCAACCAGCGGAAAUUCGCGACGCCUUGCGGUUCAUGCGAGGGGAAGGGAACCUACGCGUGCAGGCUCUGCAGGGGCAGCUCCACGGUGGAGUGGUCUCCGCUCUUCGACCCGGUGUUCAUCAACCCGUGCCUCUGCCCUACCUGUGACGGAACCAGAGUACAGCGCUGCUUGAACUGCCUGGGUAAAUGCUAUGCAUGAAGAAGCUAUGUGUAGCAACUGCCAUUUCUUACCGAUGGGCUUUACUGUUCGAGGAAAGUUACCUGGUGAGCAUUUCGCAUGAUCAUUUUAAGUUGUUGAUAAAGUUAAGGUCAAGUGUUGCCACGGAGCCGUUGUAUUUUAGUGCUGGGAUGUAAUUGAUUGGUGAAUAAAUUGCAUGGUUUGUGUCUUGUA